AUGGACAUGAAGGGACCUGAGAGCGGCAGCUCUGGGGAAGGCAGGAACCGCGCGGACGCCACAGCCUCCGUCGUAGACCCAACGGAGGUCUGUCGUUGGAAAUGUCUGGUGACACUGGAAGGAGCUCCGGGCGAGGCGCUGGGCGAUCCGCACGGCUUGGGGAAGGGGCAGUGGGUGGGAGCUCUCUGCGGCGGGACCCCGCGCGAGAUCUCCUGCUGGUGGACCUCCAACUGGUGGACCCCCACGCUGACCUUCUGCACCAGACAGCCCAGCUUCUGGGCCCUCUGCUGCACCUCCCGGGCGUGGCUGUGGACCUUCAGGGCGACCAUCCGCAGGUCCUGGGGGCUCAGCACUGAAGUGUGCCAGGCCCAGCCGCCUCAGGAGGUGACCGUUCCCCAGCCCUGCGCCUGUGGCGGGACGCCGAGGCUCAGGGAGGUGUGCGAGAGCCCCCGCGUCACAGAGCCAGCAGCCAGCGAAGCCUGCACUCCCAGUCCCACUCCUGCCAGCAUGAGUGGCCAUGAGGACGCCCUGGGCUGGGGUCAGGCCCGCGUCUGGACACAGCCGUCCACCUCUGUGGGCCGAGGCCGCAGCCCCAGCGCCGCCGCCGCGCACGCCCCGGCCCCGCGCACGCCCCGGCCCCGCACACUGCGGCCGCGCACACCUGCUGCAGCCGGAGUGCGGGGAGGAGAGGGGCGGGCAGGCCGGUCCCGAGCCCCGGUUCGUCCGCGGGAACGCCGAAGGCCGGGCGCCCCCGCGCCCCGAGACACCCACGACCCACGUCCCUCCCGGACGGCGGCCGCCGCCGGAGGCCGAGUCCUCCCCGGGGUCACAGCCCGGCGCGCGCCGCCUUUCCUUUUGGGGGCGGAAGCGCGGCCGGCGGAGGGCAGUGGGCAUGCGCACUCAGCCUGCCCCGCGUCCGGCCGCCGUCGCCAUGGUGACCGCAGCGGGGCCGCCCGGGCCCCGCCCCCGCGCCACCGCCCGGCGGACCUGGCCGCGCCCCAAGGCCGGGGAGCCGCAGCCCGAGCGUCGGCGCGCUGCGGGCCGGCCGAGCAGGGGCGCGGAGACGCACGGACCGCGGAGCCUCCCCGGAGCAUGUGGAAGCUGAACCGGAGCCGGGUGCUCCUGGACGAGCCCCCCGAGGAGGAGGACGGCCUGCCAGAGGGUCCGCCGCGGGCCACCGCCGCCGCAGCCACCGCCGCCGCCGCCGCGCAGGUCCAGGGAGCAAGCUUCCGAGGCUGGAAGGAAGUGACUUCUCUGUUCAGUAAAGACGACGAGCAGCACCUGCUGGAAAGAUGCAGAUCCCCCAAGUCCAAAGGAACUAACUUACGGUUAAGAGAAGAGCUGAAGACCGAGAAGAAGUCUGGAUUUUGGGACAAUCUGGUUUUAAAACCGAACGUUCAGCCGAAGAAACCAGAUGAGAUCGAAGGCUGGGAGCCUCCAGCACUGGCUCUCGAGGAGGUGACGGCCGACGCAGGGGACACGGCGAGCGGCCGCCCCCCUCGGCCCGGCCGGCAGGAGGACAGCAGGGGCCGCAGGAAGUCCAGCAGCCUGGCGAGCUCAGGGAACAGCUCCCGCUGGAGCCUGCGGUCGGCGGGGAAGCUGGUCGGCAUCCGGCGGCAGAGCAGAGGCCACCUGACCGACAAGUGGGAGGAGCUGGAGUGACCGUCCGGCCCCGGCAGACGGGACAGGUGCGCGGAGCGCGCAUUCCCCACCCACCGCGACCGUGGCCCCGCGUCUUCUCUCUCUCCGUGCAGGCCCCACAGUGUGCCGUCUCACGCCGUUUGCACGCCCGCCGCUGCCCUGGUGUUUCUGUGAGGGCGAGAGCAGAGCGCCUUCCCCGCCUGCCCGCGUCCACACGGGCCUGCCCGCGGGCUGACGGAGGGGAGCCCCAGCCACCUCCUGGGGAGCGUCCGCCUCUAACAGCGCCGCUGGGCGUGGUCCCGUGAGCUGCACCCUGCUGUCCUCCCCUCCGUGGCCCCCCCCGUGUCCUGCAUGUGGUGUCCGUGUGUGUCCAUAUGUGUCCGUGUGUGUCCAUGACACUCGACUGUAGCGGCGGGCCGGGCCCUCUUCUGCUCCCAGAAGCCCGCGAUCCAGCCGUGAAGCCACUCUUCCAAAGGUUAUGUUAAACUGCGUUCGACCCAGCGAAUUCAACUUUUUUUCAUCACAAAUACCAGGAAAGCAAAGGUUACAUCCGGUGCAGCAUGAGAUGCCACUCUCCGCUUUACCUUCACCUCUUGCGCUGGGAGGAGUCUCCCGUGAGCACGGAGGACGGGGACAGUGGUUCCUCCUUUAGGGCUCCUCUUACUCGUCCCAGACAUCCACAUUGUGAUCUUCACGUUCUGCCGAAAGCGUGUUGUUGUGUGGCUGCAGGCUCAAGAGUGCCGGACGUGUGGGUCAGGUUAGCAACUCGAUCCUCUCAGUUACUCUUGGGAAGCACGGAUUGGCUGAUGGAGUUUAAACUAUAUAAAAUACUGCAAGUGCCUCUUUUCUCUACUGUGCAGGUGUUUGGUUUCCUAGUGAGCCAGCUGCCGUGGCCGCCGAGCAAGGACAGGCCACGCACUGGGCUCAGGGCUCCUUGGCAGGACCGCCGUGUCCGCAGGCGGUGCCCAUGGCUGCCUGAGGCAGUGGUGGUUUGGAGGAAAAGGUUUAGAAGUUUUUUUGGUUAAAAAUAAAACCUCCAGCGACACCGUGCUUACCUCUUGUGAGAAAACACAGCCCCCCCCCCUUGGAAAACACUUGUGGGACCCCGCGCAGGCCCAGUGCCAGGACUCCUGACGGUAACAGCAUCCGCCCAUCUGUCCAUCCUUCUUUAGUAGAUCGAGGAACUUACUUGACUGAGUUCUGAACGGGGGCAGGUCUUAAGUUUGUUAGGACGUGAAAUGCUGGGGGCGUUUGGUGACACAGGGAAGCUGGAACAAGUCCUCAGGGAAAGGGGUCAGUAGGUGGCAGUGGCCUUGCGGCCCUGCUCAGGCUGACUGGACUCGGGCACGCGUGUCAGAGCCAGAGCUGGAGGCGCUGUGUCUGGAACCCGAGCCCCGCGGCAGGUGGCCGCACACCCGUGUGGCAACGCUAAGUGCCUGUAACUCACCUCUGUGCGAGUCUGUGACACGAGGCUGGCGACACGCCUUCGUAAUACUGUUUCCGAACAUCUGAAGACAAAGCCAGAUCGGAAUUGGAAUACGCACUGUAAAUCACAUUUUUCUUAUUACAAAGAUUAAUGUAAAAACAAGCUUUUUCUUCUGUUGUCUCAGCCUAAAUGAAAAUAAGUAUGUUUGUGGUUUUUUAAUAUAUUUAUUGCUGUGCUUUGGGAGAAAAGUAUUUUUCUUGAUCGAGUUUACCGAGCAGCUGUGUGAUGUUCACGGGUUAGCGAGAGAAUGUGGUUUUGGGGUUUUUGUCUGCCUUCUGUGAACACAUGACAUCACUGUGUAAAGGGCCAGUGGUCUGUGCUCCUUCUACUGUUGCUUAUUUUGUAAGGGAAGUGACUGGCAUUGAAGAAAGUAGAAUUCAUUCUCAGCUGAAGUUUUAAAAAAAUAAAAGUACCAUACAUUUCCUCUU